CGGAAAAGAUGAUAGAAUCUUAACGGAGAAAUAAACUUCCUUGUUCUUUGUUGUUGAGCUGGUGAAGGAAUAUGCCCUCUUGUGCGUCUUGUUCCCGUCCCUGUGGACCCUGGUCUGCGUGUAGUGUUACCUGCGGAAUUGGGAACCGGGGAAGAACAAACGAUCGUGGAUGCAUGGACGUGGAUAUAUGCACCCAGCCGAUAUGCCCAGAAACAACAUCAUUGACGACCCAAGGAAUAUACAAAGGAUCAGACGGAAUAACUAGCACUGUAGCUUCAACGUCUGUCUACAAUUCAAGUGCAAAAGCGAGUUCGAAAGUCGCAGAAACAACAACAUUAACGACCCAAGAAAUAUACCGAGGAACAGACAUAACAAAAAGCACUGUAGCUUCAACACUUUUUGACACAUCAAGUGCAACAGAGCUCCUAAAGAUCGCAGAUGCCCGAGACACGGGAGAUGGCCUGUUACCAGUGAAGGUUGCUGUACCGGUCGGCGUGUGUCUAUUUGUUGCAGUUAUAUUGACAGUGUUUCUUCUAAAGCGACGAAGCCAUCGGAAGACGACAAAGGAUGGUGAAAACAUCGAUGCCCCGACCGAACUUAAAAAUAUUUCGGGUUGCGUCACUAUAACAAGGGAGGCUGAAGUCAAUGCUUCUGACGUCAUCGAUCCUGACAUCGAUAGAUCUUCAACAUAUGAUAUCAACCCUUUAUACGACUCUUCAAAUACUGAGAAUUACUAUAAUCAUGUGAGGAGAAAUGAAACAGACAUAUAUCCGGAAUAUACUUGCGUUGUUAAACGCAAGCAUGAAUCGAGCAAUCAAAACGAAUACACAAUUUUUAACGGUGGAGUGGGAAAUGAAAAAAACUAACCAAAUUUACAAUAAAGAUCACCUUCGACAAAAGGGCAUUCCCUGAAAUGUUCGAACAUUAUGUUUGAUGAUUCACUUCUGAUUAAGGAGUAACUAAAAUGCAAUGUGAAAUUCAUUUGACACGUUUGUUAUUGACAACCAGCUGAAAUAUCUUAUUGUACAUGUUUAUAUUUAAAUUUUGUUUCUUUUGAAACAACCGGACGAAACAUAUUUUAUAUGACAUAAUCUCUAUUUCACAGUUUGAUAAGUGUAUCCAAUGUUUAAAACCGUGGUAUUUGUAUGCCAUAUAAUCCAUUCAAUUCAAUAUACUCGAUCCCGUAGCACGUAAACCCACACCAUAUCGUUCCCAAUACAAAACUCAACCCUAGUUAAGAUAUCUAGCCAAAGAAAAGCUCCGACACCAAUGUCAUCUUUAAAUACAGUUCCAUGUUUCAUACUUUAAUAACUAUAUACAUCUAAUGUUAGUAAACACAACUCUCCCUGUACAAAAACCUGCUAACUAAAAACUAAGGAUAACAUUAGUCAGAGGUCGGAGCUCAUUAGCAGCUCUGACUAUACAUUGAGUAACACGUUUUAUGAAUAAUACCAAAGAUUCUUAAUAUUACAAAACGGAUGAACACAAACAUUCAUAGCGAUUAAAGUUAAUUCACUGUAGUCAAUGCAAUUUGUUGGCUUUUACUUUGUGUAAUGCGUCAUGCCCAUUAACACAUUUGUACGUUUUCCUACGUUUUGAGCUAUAUAUGUAACUAUUUUGCACAUAUUCUUGCUGACAUAUAAUCAUAUGCAUCUGCAAAUUAACAAAAAGGUGAUGGAAAUAAUUCCUAAACAAAAUACGGCUUAUG